AGUGACGGCAAUUGAUUGAAAAUUGUAGAAAAAUGUUUUUAAAACGAGCCAAUUUUGACGAUAAUUAUAAUUUGGAUAAAAACUUUGAAUUUUAAUUGACUGAACAGCUUAAAAUCUUUCUUGAAUUUUUUUGGGGGACUUUUGUAAACAUGGAGUUUGCAUUUUCAACAUUCAUGCGAACCCUUCUUAUCAUGGCUUGGCUUAAUAUGUCCAUGAUUCGUGGUUCUUUUAAAGAAGAGCCGUUUUUGUUCAAGUUCGGCCAGAGCGAGGGCGACACUUUCAUUGAAAAAACAUACCCACUUAGCUCGCGACGCGGCUUCGAGUUCGGAAGGUGCUUCAUGAUAAAACAGAAAUCAGUGUGCGAAAUCCACAUUUGCACGGACGGAACUAUCAACCUGGACAACGAAAUGAUUUACAUGGACAACACGGCGGUCGAAUUAGAUCCCGCAAGUCGUAUUUCAGUCGCCAUGACCCCGACAAUUGGCGCCGACAACAUGAUGGACUACAUGUGCAGACCUGAAAAACAAAUCUACUACUACUCAAGUCUCGGAUAUAACCCGGAGCAAAUCUGCUUUUACUACAAUUUGUAUCUCUACUCUUCAAUUUCUGGACCUUUCGGUAUAGAAAUUUACCAAAUUCCUCCACCCCCAUACAACCCUGAGAACUAUUUGGCUGUUAUGAAUUGGAACAUUGAAAAUGACGCCGCGAUUUACGGGAGCUUGCUGACUAUGGGAUUGGACGACAAGUUGACCGUGGAAUUGAUGGGCGUUGAUCAAACCAAAUACCCAAACCUGGCUGGAAAUGUUUUGUACCGCAAACUCAUUUCAGCAGAAGAUUUUGAUUUAGCAAACAGCCUGAUUGGGGGAGAUUUCAGAGGCGACUUCGGUUUUGUCGUGACCUACUACAAGGUUCAGCAAUUUGGGGCUAGUGCGCUGUCGUUUUUCAACAGCUACCAGCUUGUGUUCGUGUGUGACAGCAAACGAACGGCUGCUGAUUUCACUGACGAUACAUGCUACUCAAUUUCAGACUACUACGAGAUCAACUUCGGCUCAUCCCGGAACGACUUCCUCUACGCAGGUUUCUACUUGGUGCACGAACCGGUUGAAAUGGGACGAUUUAGACGCGAGGUGAUUGAUGCUUUUGCGCCGCCUCCUCCGAGCAAUUUUGACGAGCUGUACGAACUUCCCUACUCGCGUUGCGCGGCUGCCUACAAACUGGCCGAAGAAAGCAACACGAAUUUGCCCGGGGUUUGGAUCUACGAAGUGGUGCAGAACUACAAUGAAAACGACGGCAUCGCAAUCAAGGGGGGACCUCUGCAUCGCUACUCCUUCGAUGACCUAUGCCCGGGGGCCACUUUGCCCAACACGACUGUCUCAAUGUUCGAACACAAUCAAGACAACAACUUUCAGUUUGAAUUGAGUCCUUGUAAUAGCAAACUGAAGUCCUGGAAACAUGUAGCGUUCAAGUUCGUCGGAACUUUUGAAGUCCAAACCGAGGCCCAAUAUGACUAUCCGUGCUCCAAGAUCAGAGGCAAAUUUCCCAAAGUUUGGGGUGUUAAUGAACCGGUGAAAGUGAUGUUGGUUUUGGACCAUGUUGCCAUGGAUACUGGAUUGACAGUCGAGUUUGUAUCGCCACAGCAGGAGUAUUCUGUUUCUCAGAUAACUCUGACAGUUGAGAAGACGGAAUCCACUGUUGAACUCACGUGGUCUGAUUUACCCACUUCCGACGGCCAGACCUACGAUCUGGAGAGAAUAGAAGUUACCGCAAAUGAUGGAGUUGUGGGCUACCGGUCUUUGGGGUCGUGCGAAGAAGCGUGUCAAACAAUUUGUUCAUCUGCGGAAGUAGCUUCAUAUAAGUGCACAGGAUCAUUGACCGAUUGUAACGCAGACUUUUGCCCAGAUUUAGAACCGUGCGUAACUUGUUACGCAGACUGUAGCUUAUCGGAAGAUGUCGAUUAUUGUCUGAUGGACUGUGACUUUUCUGACGCUUGUGGGUUUGAUGCCAGACAAAAACGGGAAGUGAUCGCUCUCGGACCAAUAUCACUAGGGGACAGUGGACAGUCUUUCGUUCCGAGCGUCGACUUGCAAACUGAUCUGAAGUACUUCUCUGUUUUCAGACUAGUCUUAUCUUCUGCUGACCCCACGCAAGUGAUUGCAACUUCGAUCCCAGUCAUCGGUUAUGUGAACUCUAACUGUUCAAGCUGGGCUGAAAGAGAAUCGCAACGAAAUCUGUCAUCAUGUGCCGACGACCUAACUUCCUUGUACCCCUGUCCCACAGGAAUGGGGAACACGACUGACGCAACUUGGGCUAAAAAUGAAGUCACUUCGGGAUCCCAUGGCUGGUAUUUUGACCUCUGCUGUAACAAAGAAAGGGGCGCUGACUCGGAGUCUGCAAGAAAAGCUGGAUACUGCGAGCCAAGAGAUUGCCAGUUCAAUCAAGGUUCUGUCGAUUUCUGUAUCCGGUCUCCGAGUGUUUCAUGCGAUGAUGACGUAACCGAGUCGAAGCAUUACGUCACCAACCAGUGCUGCUACAACUCGGAGGGAUCUCUUCUGAGAACCAAAAAUGAAGGCGCCGGAAGCAUGUCUCUUCAACCUGGGACAAUCGGCAAUAUUUUCUCUCACUAUGAAAUAGACCUGAAACCGUACAAUGAUUGCUGCAUUGCCACUGUUGAUGAUUUCGACAUUCAUGCACAAAACUGUGAAAUUUAUGAGAAAUACCGACCAACAAUUCUCGGAACUUACUCUGCAAGUGUUACAGUUACCGCUCAAUUCGAUCCCCAUUUUUCAACCAGUGACGGGUUAAUGUACUCUUUCAUGGACGUUGGAGUAUUCACAUACCUAGUAACAGAUCUUCAAGAUCCCUUCCAACUUCAAAUCAGUACUCGAAAAAUGGGCAACGGAGCUAUGAUAUCUGGAUUUGCGUUGAAGUACAAAACUGCUAACGUCGAGUUAUUUCGAGUAGAUUCUGCUACUACCGUCUUCUACAUAAACGACGAAGAUCUGUCCAAUGAACGCAUGACGCCUUUUACCAGAAACGGGAUCCGAAUUGAACUGUUGGAAGGUGGUAUGAAGUUGAAAGUAGAAGAACUGCAGCUGAUUUUGAAUGUGAUGAAGGUUCCAGAUAAGAGUUUCAUUGGCAUGUACACAACUUUGCCGGCUGCGUUCUUCGGACAUGCCAGGGGAUUGGUAGGGUUCUACGAUGGAGAUGCGAACAAUGACUACACCACGAAAGAUAAGUAUAGAACCACCGAAAAUUUGCGCCGCUGAAAAUUUUGUCUGGGUCUUUUUAGUGUUCUGAGAGCGCUCGGAAAACCUUUUGUUCGACUUAAACAUAAGGUCAACAUAAUUAACU